AUGACGAACUAUCCAGAUAAAUUUAGUAGUUGUGUGCCUCAUACAACUCGAGCGAAACGUGACCAAGAAGUGGAUGGUCAAGAUUAUCAUUUUUCAAAUCGUGAACAAAUGGAAGAAGAUAUACAAAAUGAGUUAUUUAUUGAAGCUGGAGAACAUCGUGGAAAUUUGUAUGGUACCAGUGUCAAUGCUGUUCGUGACGUACUUGAUGCUUCAAAACAUUGUGUUUUGGAUGUCAGUGGUAGAGCUAUUAAACGUCUUAUCGGAGCUGAUCUUUAUCCAAUUGUUAUUUAUAUUAAACCACGUGACAUCAAAUGGAUAUUGAAUAAUAUGGGAGAAGAAGCAAAUGAAGUACAAGCUAAACAAAUCUAUAAUAAAUGUAAUGACAUUGAACAACAAUAUGGUGAUCUUUUCACAACUACUAUUGAAGAAGAAGAUUUAAAUGGUGUCUAUAAACGUAUAUGUGAUAUUAUUGACCAUGAGACUCCACGCGAACAAGCUGAUAAAGCCGAUAAACAAAUAACGUUGGAAGAAUACAGACAACAACGCGAAGCCAAAAAGAAAGCUAAUCAAUUACUUUUAUUAAAAUUUAAAACGCAAGAUACUGGUAAAGUUCAAAAUACAAAAGUGUGGAAAGAUCCUGGACAGACCUAUUCAAGUGCAAAUAAUGAUAACGAAUCGGAAGAUGAAGAUGAAGAAACUGAAUGUGAAGAGAGUUUAGAAAACGAACAAUUAAAGGACAAGAAAAAUCUUAUCUCCAUUCCAUUAGUUUUCAAACCGUUUGAAUAUGAAAUUCCAUGCGAACAGGGUAUUAAUAGCACCAGAAGUCGUGAUAGUGGUGUUUCAAGACAAGGAUUUUAUCACAAUGGUGGUAAUCGACCAACACUUACAAAUUCAAAUCGAGAUUCACAUGGCACUAGUCACUGA